AUGGCGUCAAAGAAAAAACAAUCGGAAGGUAUCGCUUUGUUGUCCAUGUACAACGACGACGGUGACGACGAAAUGGAGGACGCCGAAGAAGAAGACGUGAUUCGCGAGGAACAUCAAGAUGACGCCGCUGAACAAGCGGCGGAGGAAGAUUUGGCAGCCGAUACGGAUAGAAUGACGGUUGCUGAUUCCGGCAACGAAGUCUCUGACGGUUUUACUCCGACGGAUAAGAGUAGGACUCCACAGGUGAACAGGUUGUUUUCACCGCCGCAGGAGCAACAUAAGGUGGAAUUGAGGAUUAGUAAGAGUGCAACUCUUACUAUAGUUGAUUAUGGCCAUGAUGAAGUAGCAAUGUCACCUGAACCUGAGGAAGGAGAGAUGGAUGGUAGUGGUCGAGUCGUGUUUGGGGAGGAACUUCAUGUAACCAAUGGUGAUUUGCUAGAUAGAAUACCAUCAGGAGCAGUCCAGGUUUUGUCACCUGACAAUCAAGCUAACACUCCCCAAUUAUUGGAGAUAUUUAAAUCUGAUACCUUGAAUAAUGACGAUGUGAUUAGACCUGAUGAUGUAGAGAUUGGAGAAGCAGAUCACGAUGAGCAUAAAUCUGAAGAUCCAUUGAAUAAAUUUCUUCCUCCUCCACCCAAAGUUAAAUGCUCCGAGGAAUUACAAAGAAAAAUAAAUAAAUUUCUGGAGUAUAAGAAGGCUGGAAAGAGUUUUAAUGCAGAAGUUCGCAAUAGGAAGGACUACCGAAACCCUGACUUCUUACUGCAUGCUGUGAGGUACCAGGAUAUUGAUCAAAUAGGGUCUUGCUUUAGUAAAGAUGUAUUUGACCCUCAUGGAUAUGAUUCAAGUGACUUCUAUGAUCAAAUAGAAGCUGAUAUGAGGCGGGAAAGUGAUAGGAAAGAGCAAGAGAAGAAGAAACCACAAAACCAGAAGGUUGACUUUACUUCUGGUGGUACACAGCCAGGAAUUGUGCUUGGUGCUCCCAGGAUCAGCAUGCCUGUUACAGGCGGUUCUGCUGCAACUACAGGUGGUUUGCAUUUGGUGCCUCCUCCAGCGGAUUCUAUUAACCGAGAUGGUAGACAGAACAAAAAAUCAAAAUGGGAUAAGGUGGAUGGUGAUCGAAAAAUUCCUCUGCCCUCUGUGGGGCAGGAUUCUGUAUCUACAGCAGGGGCUCAUGCAGCAGUUUUAUCUGCUGCUAAUGCUGGCAGUGGAUACAUGCUAUUUGCGCAGCAAAAACGGCGAGAGGCAGAGGAGAGAAGAUCUAGUGAAAGGAGGUUGGAAAGAAGAUCGUGA